AAAAGCAGCUGAAGAGCAAAAAAGAUAAGCCAAAAACGCCUGGGUCAACUCGGCACCUAGAGAUGUCCCAUUCAUUUCUGGCUCCAACGUCACAAGAUAAUUUGUGACAGAAUCUGUGUCAUCAGCCAUCACAGAAAGAAUCAUAACCAGCACGAAUUCAAAAUUUAAAAUAGUCUUGAUUCAUUUCAACAGACGGACUAACUUAGUAAUAAUAUAUAAAUUAUUAUAUACUUUUUAAUACUUACUCUAAUGCUUAUAGUAGGUGGAGCAUAUAAAUAUUUUAAAAUUUCUUUUUGUGUUGUAUGUAGUAUUUAAAGAAGAGAACCCCCUUAUAUCCCUGAAAUUUAUUUUCCUCUUUCUCACGUCUCUACAGAAAUGUCAAGGCAUAGCUGCCACAUGGGAAUUGACUUGACAAUCUAAAAACAAUAGACUUGACAACCCAUCUACAGCAGCCUUGACUGCCAACAUUGUGCAAAUCAGGAAUAUAACUUAUAAUCAACGUACUCAACUGGACUCUUGUAAUAGGCCUACUAAUAGUUAAAUUUACGGAAGCAAAAAAUGCCCAGAAAAGACCCUUGUCAGAAGUAUGCUUGUGAUUUACAAACUUGUCUUCAAGGUUUGAUAAUUAAGCCUACUGCUACAUUAGAUAUAAUUUAUAUAUUCAAUUACUCAACUGAACUCUUGUAAAAUAGGCCUAGUAAUAGUUACAUCUAUGGAAGCAAAAAAUGCCCAGAAAAGACCCUUGUCAGAAAUAUGCUUGUGAUUUACAAACUUAUCUUCAAGGUUUGAUACUUAAACCUACUGCUAAAUUAGAUUCCAUUUCAAUAUCAAUUGCAAACAUUUUAUCUAUCUAAUCUGUGACUUAUACAGGUUAUCAAGAAGAAUAAGCUGUUUAAAAAAAGAGCUGUAUUUUAUGGUGUAUCUUUCAGAAAAAUUAGAAAAAAAAGCUGAUUACAAAUGGCUCGCAGUAUUGAUUUCUAUUUUAAACAGGUUUAACUAAAGCAUGCUCUUGAUUAUUAUAAUUAUAUUACUUUCUUAUAACAUGUACAUUUUCUUCCAGUUUGUGGAUGUUUAUACUUUUAAAAAAAAAUUAAGAUUUUCCCAUUAAAGAUUUUUUAUUUUAUAGGUGUAACCUUGAUUUCAGCUAAUGAUUAUCAAGAAUGGCAUUGUGAGCCUGUUCUUCAAGCCCUCUAUGAUUGCUGCGCUCGUUCAGGAUAUAAAAACUCAGAUGUGUGUUCUGGUAUCACUGUCAAGGAGACCUCACUAACCAAUGCCCUCAAGUUCUCAGAAGGCAGAAUCCAACCUGACCCCCCAACUUUGUUAGAAGAGAAACCCGAAGACACUACAAUUGUUUCUGAGAAAUCCAAUUCUCCUCCAAUUCAAAAGAAAGCUAAAUCAGUUUCUAAGGACUCAAAGUAAUGUAAAGUGUGUCUAAAUUAACUUAGAUAUUUUUCAAAUUUGAAAAACCACCAAAAAAUGUAAAAUUUCAAAUUUUGUUAAAAUGUCUGAGUACCCGGUUAACACUAUAAAUAUAAAGAGAAAUAAUUCAUCAAAUCACGCUUAAAAUGAAGAAACAAUGUGAUACUUGGGUUAGAAUUUCUUUCAUUGAUGGUUCUUACUUUCAGAAAAAAAUUAUUUUUACCAGUCACCUAACAGUCUUAUAAUAUUGCACAACUUAUUGCGGAGAGGCUUGAUGUGCAAGUUGAAAUUGCCAUUUUUAUAAUUGAUUAAUUUUUAUUUAUAAUGGGUACAAAAACUGUUGAAAUUUAUGCAAUGUUCAUGUGUUGAAUUAAUACAGGUUUUGUUUUGAAUUAUUUAUCAUUUCAUGCAUCAGCCUUUACAAAAUGACAGCUGAAUUACAUUAAUUUAUUUACUGAAUUUAAUUAAGAGCUUUUAUUUAUGGUUCCAUUUAGAUUGGACUAGACUAGUACUAGUAAGUUUAUAUGGUAAGCAUAAAUUAAACUGUGGAUGAAGAGCAUGUAUCCAGUCCUGAGAAUUAAUUUCAGACAGUCUUAUGUUGUGUUUACAAUGGAGCUAUGUAAGAUCAAUAGUAAACUUGAUGUCAAAACUUACUUGAAUCUUACUGGCACCCAUAUGUGUGUUUCAAGAUAUUAAACCUUGCUGGCAUCUAAUGCUGUGUUACAAGAUUUUAAACCUUAGUUAAACCUUACUGGCACAGUUAUGUUGCAUAACAAGAUGUUAAAAAAAAAUUGUUUUAAUAAGGCAUGCCAAUAUAAUUUUCUUUGGCGAACCGAUUUUCAGUUUUAGAAAAACAAUAUUAAACCAAUUUUUUUUUAUUGGCCCACAUAGUAGUAGUAGGUAAUAAAAUACUUCCUUACCAGGGUCCUUAAACCUAUGAACCGCACCUCACAGGGUGAAUCUCAGCGAUAUCUACUUUCAUUGUUCAUAACUUUUUGGAUUAAUGUGUUCCUCUGUGUCAUUUAUAGAAAUAGGUGCACAUUUAUUCUCUAAUGGAAACCAAUAAUCUGAGAAAUAGAUAGAUAGUUUUAUUCCAUAUUGUUGAAAAAGGAGUAUGCAACUCCAAAUUUUAAAUGAGUGACUUAUUAUUAAAAUUGUUUAAUACUAAAUGUUUAAGGAAAUACAGAUUCAAAUGAAAGCAGAAAAGUGUGAAAGUUUUGUUACUAAUAAACCCUAUCAGUAUGCACUUUUGUUAAAUGCAUUUGUCAUUUAUGUGCUCAGCAAUGAGGAAAACCAAUUUCUUUCAUUAUUUACCAAGUUUGCCUUUUUUGCAUACUGACAAGAUUUUUACCACAA